AUGCAACUGUACUCCAACAACAAAAAGAACAACAACAACAUGGCUACAUUUGAUAUUACACCCUACAGUCUACCUUGCAAUAUAAUACGAAUAGACACUCUCAAUGGAUCAGGUUACUAUAAGCCUCUAGAUGCAGAGACUGACAGGCAUCUGAUAUCUCCGGACUUGGGCUCAUAUUAUGGCCCUCUCGAUGUAUUCGCGUCGUUGAAAAGCGGACAAAUACAACAGCAUCAACAACUCUUUCAACCUCAUACACUGGGCUUGGUCAUCUACGUGGACAAUCACAGGAGUGGAAAGGGUCUGGCAAUGCUUGAGAGCGCCAAACCAAUGUUUGCCAAAGUUCGUAGUCUAACAUUGGUUGUGCUUACCGCUGACCUGGAGACAACAUUCAUUGACCCGCUCAUCUUUAGUGGAUGCUUCAACAACAUCACAAAACUCAACCUGUUUGAUAACUAUUACUACGAUAAUGAAUGCUCGUAUUUCGUCCAGAGAUUGAUGCUACAGCACAAACAACUGUUUGAUGGAUUGGCCUGCAUGCCCCAGCUGCGCUGGCUCGGCAUCUACCUGCCUCUGGUCGAUUGGGAUCUCCAAGAGAUGAUUAUUGAAUCCGAUUUCUUGAGCUCACUCCAUCAAUACCUGGUCAACAACAGGUCGUUGGACACAUUCAAGUUCCCCAAGCAAGCACUUGGCGAUCAAACAUUGGACUACUUAUUGUCUGGUGGUGAUGGCCACAAGAUAACCAAACUCUCGAUUGCACUGCGUGGCCAUAUUCCAAUCAUUACAAGACCACUUCCAUAUCAAGUUAAUUGA